AGAUCACCUUCUUUUUAUUUCUUAUUAUUUGUUUUAAUUUUUAUUUCAGGUUGCAUGUUUAUAUGCUCGACUAUUUAAAAAAAAAGGGGAUGAAUCAAACGGCCGAGAUUUUCGCCAAAGAGGCCGGAAUAACCGACCCCCGUUCUGGGGGUAAUGGAGGUGAUGGGUUUUUUUUAAGUGACUGGUGGGCAGUAUUCUGGGACCGUUAUUCUUCGAACACACGCGCUGCUGAAUCUAAUGCUGGCCAGGAUAUCCCAGAAUCCUCUGCGCAGGCACAAGUUGUAUCUCAGACUCAGAGUCAGGCUGUGGCUCAGGUUCAGGCCCAGGCCCAGACUGAGAUUCCGGCUCGUGCGCUGACUUUAGCGGACAAUGGAAUGUUGGGUUUUGAACCUUAUGCUGCUGGUAGCCUGGGAUCAAUAUGGAGACUGGCCGGACAGCAAUACUAUGCUAACAUGUUGAGUGAUCCUAUUUUGGUUUCUACAUUGAAUGAUGAUCAACUUGGUGUUCUUCCUAGUUAUGUCACUGCGGAUUUUAACCCAGGAUGCGCUAUUCCGUCAAGCAAUCCCAGGCUCAGCACGGACCAAAUUCCGCGACGGCCCCGCCGCAGGGUGAAUAGAUCUGGGAAUCGAGCAGGGAAGACUAAUGGUAGCGAUCCAGCAUAAGCUAGAGCUUCAAGGAUCAUGAGUCAAGCCGCAAGCAAACCUGGAGGUGCGCUUCACGUACGUAAUGCGUGGGCCUUCAUCUCUCGCCUCGGCUUCGGGAUCCUAUCGCUUCUGUGCGCUUGCGUCUUUUAAAACUAAGAGUACACGUGGAUUCAUGAUACAGGUAUGUAUAAUCAUUUUUAGGUUUUUCACAUAGCCUUAUUUGUUUAUGGGAGUUAAUAUUCACACACCCCUUGUCUCUAUCUCUCUCUAUAUACAUAGAUACAGAGAGAGAUAGAGUGCGCAAGCAUAGUUGUUAAUAGCGAAUAGCGACAAGGGACCUAUAUGCUACAUAGCGAAUAGCGACAAAUAGCGACCGCUAUUUUAUAUAUAGCGAUACACUAGAAAAAGAAUUGAAAAUUUUUAUAUGUAUAUUAUAUCAAAAUACCUUGGUAUAUAUGCUAUUUUACAUGUAUAUUUAACAAAAACCUAUAAAUCCAGCUAUUUUAUAGCUAUAUCUAAUUGAUAUUUACAUCAAAAAAAAAAAAAAGGAAAAAAAAAGAAAAAAAGAACUAACUGUCGCUAUUCACGCUAUUGGUCGCUAUGACCCAAAUAGCGACACUUGUUCCAUAUAAGACUACUAUUGAUUGUGAUUUACAAGUUUAAGUUGGCACAUUUUCAGAGUAAUGGUUGUAUGCUUUAUCUGGUAUCAUUCGUAAAAUAUUUUUUGAGCAGUUUAAUGUGGUCGAGAUCCUUGACAUUUAUUUCCCACAAUCCAUGUAGUUUUGUUUAUAAACUUCAAUUUGUAAUUGGAAUACUUUUCUUCGUUUUA